CAACAAACGAAUAUCACGGCUUUUUCACUUUAUUUUUGCCUGCUUCAUUAAAAUUAAUUAAAAUGUGAAAAUGUAAUGUUUCGUACGAACGCAAUCACCGACUCAACGUUCACAAUUGUUCGGAAUGUACAGAACAGCUGAUCGACACGGUGUUCGAAUAAUUUCUUCUAGGUUAGCAAAGUUUCAUCAGAUUGAUCAGUGCUUGCACUAAAGUAGAGUUAUAACCUCAAAGAAAUUUCACGUAGAUUGAAGCGGUGAAUACAACGUUUAUGUGAAUAAGAACGUUUAAAUAAAUGUUGAACGAUGCGUCUUAUGACAGCAAUGAAUUUCAAGAUUUUGCCUGUUUUUCGGCAUCGUGUGACGAAUGUUCGACCAUUCUGUAGAAAUCAUCGGCCGAAUUACGAAGAGUUGUCGGUGCAUGUACGACCGCAAUUUCGAAGAAUAAAACUUAAUGAAUAUCAUGGAAUAUUCACAAAAAAUAUCCAUACCCGUCGACAAACUGCGGCUAUUAUCUCCAUUAGAUCGUUUGCCACUAAACGAUUUAAUGAUAAAGAUUCAUCCAACGGCAACAAUGAAGAUGAUAUUAGUGAUCCAGGUUCAUUACCUGCUACAGUGGUUGUGCCAGAAGUAUGGCCUCAUGUUCCUGUUAUAGCAAUUAAUAGAAAUCCAGUGUUUCCAAGGUUCAUAAAGUUAAUAGAACUUAGUAAUCCGAUUCUCAUAGAUUUAAUACGUAGAAAGGUCAAAUUAAAUCAACCAUAUGUUGGAAUCUUCUUAAAGAAAACAGAAGAAAAUGAAGCAGAAAUUGUACAAAAUUUAGAUGAUAUUUACCCUGUUGGAACAUUUGCACAAAUACAUGAAGUACAAGAUUUAGGAAAUCGAUUGAGAUUAGUUGUAAUGGCACAUAGAAGGAUUAAGAUUGUUGGUCAGAUCUUAGAAGAACUUCCAAAACCUACUCAUGACGAUUCAGUUUCCGGUGGCAAACCGAGUCGCAGAUUGUUAAUUCGUAAAAAAGCCGAAAACAAAGUGCCAGAACCAGUACAGAAAAUUGAAGAAAGUAGUACUUCUGAAAAUAAGGUAACAGAAGGAGCACAGGAGAAAGUUGAAGAAAAAAUAAAUCCUCCAACAGACACCACAGCUCAAACUGGCACUCCUCAACCUUUAUUAAUGGUAGAAGUCGUAAAUAUUACCCAUGAGAAAUUUAGGCAAACUGAAGAAAUAAAAGCUUUGACACAAGAAUUAAUUAAAACAAUUCGAGAUAUAAUAAGCAUGAAUCCAUUAUACCGUGAAUCUUUACAACAAAUGUUGCAUCAAGGACAGAGGGUUGUAGAUAAUCCAGUUUAUUUGAGUGAUUUGGGUGCAGCUUUAACAGGAGCAGAUGCACAAGAAUUGCAGCAGGUGUUAGAAGAAAUGGAUAUUUUAAAAAGAUUAAGAUUAUCAUUGGCACUUUUAAAGAAAGAAUAUGAGUUAAGUAAACUUCAACAAAAAAUUGGUAGAGAAGUUGAAGAAAAGGUCAAACAACAGCACAGAAAAUAUAUUCUUCAUGAGCAAUUAAAAGUUAUUAAAAAAGAAUUGGGUCUUGAAAAAGAUGAUAAAGAUGCUAUAGGAGAGAAAUAUAGAGAACGUAUAAGAGAGAAAACAGUUCCAAAAGUAGUGAUGGAUGUGCUUGAAGAAGAAUUAAAUAAAUUAAAUUUCUUGGAAAGUCACAGUAGUGAAUUUAAUGUGACGAGAAAUUACUUGGAUUGGCUUACAUCCAUGCCAUGGGGUAUAACUAGUCCAGAAAAUUUAAACCUUCAACAGGCAAUUGAAAUUUUAGAUAAAGACCAUUAUGGGAUGGAAGAUAUAAAAAAACGAAUCUUGGAAUUUAUUGCUGUCAGUCAACUGAAAGGCUCAACGCAAGGAAAAAUAUUAUGUUUCCAUGGACCACCAGGAGUUGGAAAAACAUCAAUAGCCAAGUCAAUUUCCCGUGCACUUAAUAGAGAGUAUUUUAGAUUUAGCGUUGGUGGAAUGACAGAUGUUGCAGAAAUCAAAGGUCAUAGAAGAACUUAUGUGGGUGCCAUGCCUGGUAAAAUUAUACAGUGUUUAAAAAAGACCAAGACUGAAAAUCCACUUGUUCUUAUCGAUGAAGUUGAUAAGAUUGGAAAAGGCCAUCAAGGUGAUCCAGCAUCAGCUCUCUUGGAAAUGUUGGAUCCAGAGCAAAACGCAAACUUCUUAGAUCAUUACUUAGAUGUUCCUGUUGAUUUAUCAAAAGUGCUCUUUAUUUGUACAGCAAAUGUGAUCGAUACAAUUCCAGAACCUUUAAGAGAUCGUAUGGAAAUGAUAGACAUGUCAGGUUAUGUCGCAGAGGAAAAACUUGCUAUUGCUAAGCAAUAUUUAGUACCACAAGCAAUGAAUGAUUCGGGUCUCUCUAAUCAACAGAUCAGUAUAAGCGAUAAUGCACUUCACUUGUUAAUUAAAUCUUACUGUCGAGAAUCGGGAGUAAGAAGUCUUCAGAAACACAUAGAAAAAGUUAAUCGGAAAGUUGCGUACAAAGUGGUUAAGAAAGAAACGGAAAAAGUAGACGUAAAUGAGAACAAUUUGCAGGAGUUCGUAGGGAAACCUAUGUUCACACACGAUAGAAUGUACGAAGUUACGCCUCCUGGAGUCGUUAUGGGUCUUGCAUGGACAGCUAUGGGAGGUUCUACUCUGUUCAUUGAAACAAGAGUGAGAAAACCUUCUACUGGAAAGAAAUCAGAGGGUACCUUAGAAUUCACCGGCCAUUUAGGUGAUGUGAUGAAAGAGUCUAUUCACAUAGCAAUGACGGUUGCAAGAAACUUUAUGAUUCGGGAAGAUCCAUCUAAUACUUUUUUAAUCGAUUCUCAUUUACAUUUACACGUUCCUGAAGGUGCUACACCGAAAGAUGGGCCUAGCGCCGGUAUUACGAUCGCAAUAGCAUUUAUUUCGAUUGCUAAGAAUCAAUCUAUUAGACAAAAUGUUGCAAUGACUGGUGAACUUAGUCUCAUGGGUAGGAUUCUUCCUGUUGGCGGUAUUAAAGAAAAGACAAUUGCUGCAAAACGAGUUGGUGUAAACUGUGUAAUUCUACCCGAGGAAAAUAAGAAAGAUUACAAUGAUCUUCCUAAGUACAUCACGGAUGGUCUGGAAGUUCAUUUUGCCACCACUUUUGAAGACGUGUACCGCAUAUGUUUUGCACCACAGCAAGAAACUGAUACUGUUCGUCAUCAAAACCCUUUACAUCUUGAUAUUUCACCUCCACAAAGUGCACCACUUUUGGGUAAAAAUACUGGCUGAAUUAAGGAUCAAGUACUUAAGCAUUGUAAAGAUUGAUUAUUACAUGAUCUUACACGUGCCUGAUCUAUUUGAAAUAUUCACCUCAAAUUAGAUUUUAAAAUAAUUGAAUCUAUUUUAUCACAUAUUGUUUUAUAUAUAGAAUCAUUUAAAUAAAAAUGCAGAGAAUUAAUUUAUUUAAGAUUAAAAGAAGAAAUUAAACAUUACCAAGAAAGGGAUUUAAGUUUUUGCUACUGUCACAAUAUAUUAAUAUUUUUUUAAAUAAAUAAUUUACGAAAAAUAUAUUGUACAUAAAAAAUAA